UAGAUAAUGUUAGAAUAUAUAUUUUUUAUUUUAUUUUAUUUUAUAUUUAACUUAUAUCUCGAUAGCUUUCGUUUAAUUAGAAUAUAUUUUAUUUACAAAUAUCAAGGAUAUAAUCAAUAUUGAUAAUGAGGAGUGAUCUUAACCUAUUUAUUCGUUAGUUUCAAUCAAUAAUCUUCACAAAAUUUUACGAACUAAUUGAUAAAAUGUCUAAUAAAUUUUUAUAUUUUGCAUAUGGAAGUAAUAUGUUAAUGAAAAGAAUACAUAUUAAUAAUCCAACUGCAAUACGAAAAGAUAUUGGUUUUUUAAAGAAUUUCAGACUAGAUUUUUUAACACAUUCAAAGAGAUGGGGUGGAUGCUCAGCAACAAUUGUACCCACAAAAGAUUAUGUUGUGUGGGGAGCAAUUUGGGAAUUAGAUGAAUGUAAUAUGUGUACUUUAGACAAUCAAGAAGGUGUUGCAGAUAAAUUAUACUUUCCAUUAAUAGUUGAUAUAGAAACGGUUACUGGUAAAAUAUUAAAAUGCAGAGUGUACCAACAAUGCAAAAAUCCAGAUGAACAUAUAAAAUUACAUUUACUACCAAUACACAGAAGACCUUCACCAUUAUAUUUAGAAACAAUAAUAAAAGGUGCACGUGAAAGCCAUUUACCACAUGAUUAUAUUAAAUUCUUAGAAACAAUACCACCUAAUGGAUAUAUGGGAGAAUAUGAUAUUGGACUUCCUUUACAAGAAGUUUAGAUUCAAGAAUCUUAUGAUUCUUUAAACGUUUCUGGACAAGAGGAUCAUUCUCAAUUAAGUUAAGAGCUGUCUCAAGUGAUAAUUUUUCUAUUUCAUGUUUGAAUAUUUUAAUUGUUGCACGCAGUGUACCAUUUAUCUGAUAAAAUAUAAAAUAUUACAAUUAAUGAUAUAUUUAUAUAAAAAAUUUAGAGUAUUAUUCUCAAUUUCUAAAAUAUAAUUCUAAAAUAUAAUUAUUAUAUAAUUGUAUCAUAAAUAAUAUAAUGUAAAUUCAUAUAUAAUAUAAAUAAAAAAUUUAUAUAUAAAUAUAAAUACUUUAAAUUAAAAAAAAUAUAAAUAAUUUUAAAUUUACCUUGACAAAUAAUUUCAUUUUAUAAUUCAUAUCUAUUUCUGGCCAUUUUUGUUCUAGAACAUCUUUAUCUAAUUUUAUUUCAUCCUCAUUUAUAAGAUGAUAUUUUGCCGCAGAAAAUGCCGACCAUAAUUCUGAAGCAAAAUGCGGUGCAAAUGGUGCAAGCAUUAUAAUUUGAACUGCUAAUGCACGUUCAUAUUCGCGACUUUUUUGCAUACAUUCCAUAGAUACCUUAUAAAAACUUAAUAUUAAAAAUUAAAAGUUCAAUAUUAAUUAAAAUUUCUGAAAUUAUUAUAACUCUUAGUAUAACAAAAAAAUACAAUAUAUACCUAUUUGUAAGUCCUUGCAUUCUUGAUAUUGCAAUACUUAAUUGUUGAGUUUUAAUUAUAUUAAAAGUUACAAUUUUUAAGAAAUAAUUUCGGCUAUCAAACAUAUAUGCAUCAUGUUCUGUAAAUUUAGGAUCAGUAGGUUCUGCCUGAAAAUUUUUUAAACUUACUCCAUUUCGAUAAUCUGUAAAAGUUUUUACUAUCUUCCAUAAGCGAUUUUGCCAAUUUAAUAUUCCUGGCAUAGCUAUAUUUUAUAGAUAUAAAUAUUGUUUAAUAUACAAUAAUGAAAAUUUA